AAAGUGUAACCACAAACUUCUCUUAUCCAAAAACCAGUUCUUGUGACUCUAGUUUAACACAAAAAAAAAUAUUGUUUGGUACUUAGAACUUUGAAAUAAACACGAGGAGACCAUAUCCUACAUGAACCAAAGCCAUAUUCCUAAACUAAUCCUUCCACACCAUGAGUGACUCAGUGGACAAAUUGGUAAUCUUCUUAGCAAAAAGAGAUGGCAUAGACAAGCUUGUGAAGACAUUUCAAUAUGUCUCCAAGCUUGCAAACUGGCGCGUGGAAGCCAGUUACCCUGACAUAUCCAAGAGGUUCAAAAAUUGGGAAGUAGCUGCUGGCCUCAGCAGAAAAGCCUUCAGAACUGGAAGAUUUCUCACUGGAUUCAACACUCUUAGAAGAAACCCUGGUUCUACUCCCGUUUUAAGGCUACUAGCAGUGCUUUCUAAUUCAGGAGAAAUGGUGUAUUUCUUUUUCGACCAUUUUCUUUGGCUGUCAAAAAUUGGAACUUUGGAUGCAAAGUUAGCAAAGAAGAUGAGUUUCAUAUCAGCUUUUGGUGAGUCUUUGGGUUAUGUUUUCUUCAUUAUAGCUGAUUUCAUUUUGUUGAAAGAAGGGUUGAAGGCUGAGAGAAAGCUAAAAAAUUCAGAGGGAGAAGAAAAUGAGAAAGAGAUUCAGAAAAUAAAAGGUGAUAGAAUAAUGAGGCUUAUGGGUGUGGCUGCUAAUGUUGCAGAUUUGAUUAUAGGAUUGGCUGAAAUUGAACCAAACUCUUUCUGUAAUCACACCCUUUCUCUUGGUAUUAGUGGGUUGGUUUCUGCAUGGGCUGGUUGGUAUAGAAAUUGGCCUACAUAAAGUCAUAUUCCAAUACCACACUUUGUAAUGUUUCACUUUUCAAUUAAUGGAUGCUUAAAUGUCUUGCCAA